UUAACGUGGUGGAGGGGUUUGUGUGUCCCUGUGAUCCUGGGGGCUGUGUUGUCUGGGGCUUAUAGCCCCUGGUAGGGUCUCCCAAGGCAAAGUGGUCCCAGGGGAGGGACCAGACCAAGAGCGGUUCAGAAAAGACAGAGACCAAACGUUUUUUUUUGUUUUUUUUUUGGGGCAUUUUAGCCUUUUUAAUAGACAGGACAGAUCAACAGCGUGAAAGGGGGAAAGAGAGUGGGGACGACAUGCAGCAAAGGGCCUCGAGUGGGAGUCGAACCCGAGGCUGCUGCAGCAAGGACUCUGCCUCUAUUCUUGGGGUGCCUGCUCUGUCCACUCAGCCACCGACGCCCCACUGGACUGAAUUUUGAGGACACGAGUACCUCACCUGGUAUGGUCGGGAUACACGCGCUAGUGAGUGUGUGGUGGCUGGGCCUCUGCCCAUGGGCUCAGCCUGAAAAGACUACAUGGAGCCGCCAUCCUGUCGGCCCACCACCCGCAAGGACAGGGGUCAAGGUCAGCACAGGGAUUCCUGAGCAGACCAGGAGACUCAUGCAGUUGCAGGUGGAGAACAAGGAUCAGUUCAUAAAGGAGAAAUAUGCUGUCAAGCAGCUGUGGGAGACACUGAUCAAAGUGGAGCGUUUCCUGGGCCUUUCUGAAAGGUUUAUUCAUCGUGCUGUUCUGGGACAGCAUGUGUGCAAAAGACAGACUUCUCUCUCGUGUCCCUGUCUCGUGUGCACAGUGUUGGGUAUUGACAGAGUGCCGUGGUGGGGUACGCUGUGCAGUGCUGGGAUGUGCCUUUAUCACAGCGUCGGUCGUUUGGUUCGUUGUUUUUCCAUGCCUCAAGAAGAAAAUCAAGUGAGAAACAGCCCCGGCUCCCUGUUAACCUCCACCAAUGGAGAAGAAGUCCAGCACCCAGUGUGACCUUCAACCCCAGACUCCUCCAGCAGACAGUCAGAGGACUGCUUUCAAACUUGGAGGUUCAGAGGAAGCUGACCUGGACAACAACGACAUGGAAACUAAAGACUUGGAUAUCGGCAAUGGUCUGAAUGGCACUGUUGGCCCCAUGAUGAUCCCUGAUCCUCAUAGUAGACGAUCCCACACCAUCCAAAAAGAUUCUGGCCUCUACAAAGAUCUGCUGCACGAGCUUCACAUGGCUAAGGUUGGUGACUUCAUUGGUGACAGUGACACAGAGAAGUGUCCCGUCAGGAGGAACAACAGCUACACCUCCUAUACCAUGGCUAUUUAUGCCAUUCAAGGAGAUCCUAAAUACAAGGACAUGGAUGGUGGGCUGCAGAGAAGGUCAAAGGUGGACGGUUACAGCAGCUACAGCUCUGCAUUGACCAAUGGGAGUGCAGUCCAGGAAGAGCUGGCUCUGUGGUGUCCAACGCACCAACACCCCUGUGGUUGCUUCUUUAUGGCAAAGUGGGAAUUCGUGCUGGACUCUGCCCAUAGUCUGCAUCACUCUUCGGCCCCAUACCCAAAGACCUUACACCCAUUACACCCUGCAGGUAUGCCCCACAUUUACAACAGCUAAAAUUUGGAUAUAUCGGAUAGUCAAAGCCCACUAACUUUUAUUCCCAUUCAGUGUGUUCAGCAUUGAGCUAGCUUCAGCACUCACAGACUCUCACACACUGGCGUCUGUAUCUUCAUCGCCUGGUUUGUUACGACCAUAUCUCUGGGCGGAUCAGUGCUCCCAUCAUGGCUCUCUUCAUAUAUGCUGUUCUGUGAGCCAGCCACACUUUUAUUUCAAAUGACAGACUGCUGCCAGCAGUUUUGUUUGGCUGACUGAUAAAAUUGGGCUAUUAACAUGUUCUGUUCGGUGCUAAUGAUGAUUUGUAUAAAAUCAUUCAUUGUCUUUUCAAGGUCAAGCCAAUGAUAUUACCUCACAGGAAUAUGUCCUUGAAUGAUGUAGGAUCUAAUAACACUGUUCGAAUAUCAUUUGAUCUUGUAUAUCCUUAUGUAUAUUUAUAUAAAAGCAAUGUGUAUUUAAAAUUUAAUUGAGCUGAAUUGUGCA